CGCCGCUUCCGGUUCCGCUCCGGCCAUGCUGAGGGGUUGGCGGGCCGCCUCAGCCGUGGCGGUGGGGAGCGGGCGCUGGGAGGGUUGGCUGCGCGGCUGCCGGAUCCUCGCCAUGGCCAAAAGCAAGUUCGAAUACGUGCGAGACUUCGAGACUGACGACAGCUGCCUCCCGAACUGCUGGAUAGUGGUGCGGCUGGACGGCCGCAACUUCCACAGGUUUUCAGAGCAGCAUGAGUUCAAAAAGCCAAAUGACGACCGUGCUCUUCAUCUGAUGACCAAGUGUGCCCAGACAGUGAUGCAAGAAUUGGAGGAUAUUACUAUCGCUUAUGGACAGAGUGAUGAAUAUAGUUUUGUUUUCAAAAAGAAGAGCAGAUGGUUUAAGAGAAGGGCAAGUAAGUUCAUGACUCACGUGGUCUCCCAGUUUGCCUCAAGUUACGUUUUCUAUUGGAAGGAUUAUUUUAAGGACCAGCAACUUCUGUACCCACCGGGGUUUGAUGGACGAAUUGUGUUGUAUCCCAGUGACCAAAAUUUAAAGGACUACCUCAGCUGGAGACAAGCAGAUUGCCAUAUUAAUAAUCUUUAUAACACUGUGUUUUGGAUGCUUGUGCAGCGAAGUGGUUUGACACCAGUGCAAGCACAGGAUAGACUCCGGGGAACUUUGGCUGGAGAUAAGAAUGAAAUCUUGUUUUCUGAAUUCAACAUCAACUACAACAAUGAACCUUUGAUGUAUAGAAAAGGAACUGUCUUGAUAUGGCAGAAGAUUAAUGAAGUUGUGACUAAGAAAAUAAAACUGCCAAAGGAAGCAGAAGAAAAGGAAGUUGAAGUGAGACGGACUAGGACUAAAAUUGUUCCCCUGCACUGUGACAUCAUUGGGGACCAGUUCUGGGAGGAAUAUCCUGAGAUUCUGGCUGAGGAUAGUUGAUAUCUGUGACGAGUAUAACUCGUAGCUUACAUUUUGCUCUGCUUGGGUUGUUGGCAAGCGAGGAGUAUGAACAGUGGUUGACAGAGUUUAGUCUGUAACUUUCUUCAACAACUGCAUUGGUUUUAGCACUGCUGUUGCCUGAAAAAAAGACACUGGUAUGUUGUCUGACGUACAAGAAUCUGCCCAUAUGGGAAACCUAAAAUCAUAUUAUAUUUUGAAUGUUAAGGACUCAUCAUAAAUUAAGACUGCUCCUUCCUUAUGCUUGCAGAUUUGUAGAAAAAGUGUAUGGAAAUCUCAUGUACUUUUAUAGUAUUUAAACCAUGAGGCAUUUUACUGAGCUGAACUAUUAAAAAAAGCUUCUGUAUUUAAACAGUUGAAAGCGGAGGAGAAAAUAAUUAUUUUGAUUUUUUGUUCCAACUGAGGUGGUCUGGAAUAAUUCAGUUGACAUUUUCUGUUAAACUUCAAGGCCAGUGUGUUCAGUCGAUGAGUGGCAAACUGCUCAGCUGCCUCAUGUCUCUGAUUCUUGCAGAAAGGAAAUGGAGUAGCCCAGCACUUUCCUAUGACUGUUUCUAAAAGCUUUUGUCAAAUGUACAGGAUUUUUAUACUUUUUAACAAUUAAAAACAAUAAUUUCUUU